UAAAGGACGCCAUCAAACUAAGCCAUCAUGCCAGACAGAUCAGGAGAGAAAUCAAGAGAGAGAUCAAGAGAGAGAUCAAGAGAGAGAUCGAGAGAGAGAUCUAGAGAACCUUCUGAUCGGAAAAGGAUCUCUUCAGCAGUUGUUGUAUCCAAAUCUUUCCAAAAAGCCCACGAUAAAAGAGAUUCUAUUAAAGAGAGAAGAGGCUACAGACAGAGAUCUCCUGAUAAUGACCGUGAAUCAAACCGAGGAGAACAGAGACUCCAUAUGGACCGGGAUGAGAAUAGAAGAGAGCAUCGAAAACAAAACAUAAGUGAGCGACUUGGGCAACGACCAAGAAAGAGUGAUUCUCAAGAAGAACGGGAAGACAACGAGGAUCCCAGCACCAGUAGAUGGAAACAGAAGAAUGAGCGUUAUUCUCAACAAGGUAGAGGAGCAGUUUCAAAUCCAAACAGACGCACAGUGUUUGAUCGGCUAGACUCAGGCCCACCUCGAGAUAGAAUGUCCAACAGAACUCAACAAGGUGCAGGGUUGUGGGACCAGAGAAUGGUUGAAGUUGAUGUCAAUCCACAAGAUGUGCCACGAGGAAAACGUUAUUUCAUGCACGAUGAUCGUGAAUUACCUAGAAGGCAGAAAUCUGACAGAUCAAGAGCUCGUUCAAGAAGUCCAUUGUGGGUUCAUGAUAAGUUUGAUGAUCUUAAUACAGAGGAGAGUAAGAAUGAUGAUGAAGCAGCUCAUGAUGAUGAUGGCAAUGAUGAUGCUGCAAUAGAAAUGCAAGACAUUGAAGUCUCACAAGAAGAGCGAAGGGAGAGAUCCAGGGAUGGACCCAGGCAUAGAGAAAAUCAGCGCCACAACUAGUUAGCCUUAUCUGUAAGGAGCCUGUCUCCUAGACAUAUUAGUUCAGCAAAAGGUUCUAUAGAAUUGUGGGGUCAUUUGAAUCACUCACAUUAAUGAAGCACUCCAUGGUCCAGAAGAGGCUAAACUGCAUUCUCAGAUAAAUCUCUCUUUUUCAAUUUUUUUAAGGGAGCAGUAAACACAUAUCUUGCUUCUUGACUCCUUGGUCAGACUCCCAGUAAAUCUUGAGUUGUUCACACUAAUGGCUCUUUCAUCUAGAGAAACGCUACAUUGAUAUCUUUCAAUGAUUUAACCACUUUCUUCCAUUUUAAUUAUGUUUUGUAACCAUCCAUUGUAUAUUUUUGGAUGUGAGGUACGUUUGUAGGACGC